AUGAGCUGCAGAAACUGCGGCACCAGCACGACUCCACUAUGGCGCCGUGAUGAGGAAGGUCGCCCUCAGUGCAAUGCCUGCGGUCUCUAUCACAAGCUUCAUGGCGUCCCCCGCCCAGUCGCCAUGAAGAAGACCGUCAUCAAACGCCGCAAACGU